UAUAUAAGUAUACAUAAUAAAAUGAAAGGGAGACGUUAGAUCGCUCCUGGUCAUCGAAGUUGGAAGAAGCGCGUCGAAGCGCGAGUGUUUCACACGACCUGGCCAAUUUCUGCCUCGCAGGGUUUGUGGGGAGGAGGAGAAGCAUCAACAAAACUCCGUCAGGCUGCCAAUUCCCUCGCUUUGCUCCGCUUCGCUUCGCAUAAAAGGGGAGGUCUAAACGGCCAGCGAGACACCAUCUGCUUCGCAUUCAGAAGAGUUCCUGGGACUGGUGGCGGCGGCGGGGGGAGUUGGUGGUGGUGUGGACUGAAAUAAAGUAGGUCAUUUCUUCCCUUCCUAAAAGGGAACUAAAGUGGGAGGAAGAACCCCAAAUAAUCCUCACCGCGGAGGAAGGGCGGGAAAGAGGGGGAAAUUAAAGCCUCUAGCGGAGAGCGGGAGAAAGAGGAAGGGUGAGGAGAGAGCCUGGACCCAUCCGGAAAGGUGCUGCUCUCAUCAGUCCUUACUCCGGAUCUCCAUCCCAGUUCGGCUCACCAUGACCGAGAUCACCGAAAAGGAAAAUGACCCCCAACACAAUUCAGACGUGCAGCAGACUCCGGGCACUGGAUCCAGCCUCCAGGAAACGAAGCUACAACGUUUCAAGCGCUCCCUCUCCCUGAAAACCAUCCUGCGGAGCAAAAGCGUUGAGAAUUUCUUCCUGCGCUCCAAUAGUGAGUUCAAAUUGCCCUCGGAUGUGCUGCUCAGCCCCCCAGAUUCUGUGCCACCUCUGUCUCCACCGCCUGCCCCCACUGAAGAUGAACACUCUCCCCGGGCAAUUCACAAGUCUCUGGCACCCCUCAAGCCCAUGAAAACUCACAGCUUCCAGGAGCACGUCUUCAAGAAACACAACCCGUGUGAAAUCUGCCACCAGCUUAUUGUAGGAAACUCCAAGCAAGGCCUGCGAUGCAAGACAUGCAAAGUUAGUGUGCAUCUGUGGUGUUCAGAAGAAGUUUCUCAUCAGCAGUGUCCAGGCAAGACGGCAACCUCCUUCCGAAGAAAUCUCAGCUCUCCCAUGCUACUGCAUGAACCUCAGCCACAGCCAGCAGUGACCACCAAGGAGUCUCCCCCUGCAGGUCCCAGCGGAAAGGUGGAUCCUGUUUAUGAGACUCUGCGCUAUGGCACUUCACUGGCUUAUAUGAAUCGCUCCAGUUUCAGCAGCACGUCUGAAUCCCCCACAAAGAGCCUGAAUGAAAAGGAUGAUGUGGGUGAAGAUACAGAAAGUGGUGGACAGACUGCAGAGGAAAACCAGGCUGAUUGUGGUGAGCAAGUUUUCUCACUGCCAGCGGAAGGUGAGGGCACCACUACAUCAGAAGAGAAAAGCCCAGGAAAACAGGGGAAGAUGGGUGAUCGCAUGGGCUUCUUCCCAGCCAAUUUUGUACAGCGGGUUCGUCCAGGUGAAACAGUGUGGAGAUGUGGCAAGACUUUCUGUGGCAAUAAGGAGCAAGGGCAGCUCAGUCUUAAGGAAAACCAGAUCUGUGUUGGUGUGGGGAAGACCAAUGAGAGCGAUGGUUUCAUCAAGGUGACAAGUGGCAAAAAGCGGGGGCUGGUGCCUGCUGACAUACUCACAGAAAUCUGAAGAUAGACUAAAAAGAACUCAAGCAAGAUGAAAAAGUAGAAAGAGAGAUCAACAACAGGCGGGGGGCAGCCCUGCCUUAAGCUCUAGUCUAUCCCAUACCUGAGCAUCUGGCUAGUUAAUCACUCUUUCACGGAAUCUUCUGGAUGGAUUGAGGAUAGCAUUGAUUUGAAGGAUGGAAGAAGGAAGAGGGGAUCGGUUUGAGUACCAUCUUCUUUGUGGUGCUCCUGGUUCUAUCUAGUCAGGACUGGAAAUUUACCUCCAGUCUGGGGUUUUUUCCACAUCACUCCCUCUGAAGGUUUUCUUUUUGCUGACAGCUGUGUGGCAUAAAGUGCGCGAGGGAGCUUUCCACAUCGCUGUGAUUCGCCCACACCCACUCUUGUCUUUGGGUCACGCUUCCACAGCAACAGAUGCCAACUGAUGUCAACCAGCCUUAUCCUACAGGCCUUUCUUUAUAUCUUGGCAUAGUGCUCUUUCCUCAGCCCGAUGAUAAUUCUGUGUCGCAUGCGUACCACGUGGAAAUACGAUGUCGUUUUCUGGCCAAAGAGGCCAAGCUGGUGUGUUGUGUCCUUCUGUCUGUGUAUUAGAGUACCCUCGGGGUUCUCUCUGUGUCCGUAUGUGUGUGUGUGUGUGUGGUUGUUGCUCAGGGUUGGUACAACCCCUUGCCAAAAACAAAAAGAGGCAAAACAACUGUUCAUAGCUUCUAAGCCGUCGUUGACUAAGAAUCUCAUGAUAGAGCCUAUUCCACAGUUAACUCCUAGAAAGCUAACCAUUCUGUGAUUUCUCUGUUUCCCGCCUCCUCCUUGAUGCGAGAUUCAGGCUCUUCCCUGAUCACUAUUUUGCCCUUCCUGUAUGUGGUGGCUUUCCACCACCACCACCACCACAUAACUGACAGCAGUGUGGACAUUUUCUCAGGGAUCUUCCUCAGCCAGACAGAUUUUGGGAACUAAGCUGAGAUUGUUACUGUGUCACUCCCAAGAGGAACUGAAAGACCCUGCUCAUCUCUCACCUGUUCUCACUUCCCUGGCAUGCUUCCAGCAUCUGUAGAUAUAUUUUUAUAGUGGAAAAAAAGAGUGAGACUUCAGCUUUGGAGGCAGGACUGUCGUCCGUGUAUCAGCAGCAUGACUGAGCUGGUAUUUCCCUCAGUGGAUUGGAUGGUUAAGAAAAGGACAUCCUUGCUGAGAACCGCACGUCCACAAUGACAUCAAACAGAAGACAAGACCUGCUGGAUCUGACCAAAAGGCUAUUUAGUUCAGUACUCCAGUCCCACAGAGGUGAGCUCUCAGCUUGGACAUGAGCGUGGUAUCAACCUCUCAGUGUAUGCAGAGAUUGACAGGGCCUGGAAAUACGGCUAAAAUCCUGUUGCCAGGUUGCACAAAUGUUGUAACUUUUAGAGACAAAUUAACGUAAGCUAAGAAAUCUCCACAGAGUGUAUUUGUGGCAUGCAACUCAGUAGGGCAACAGAGAAUGUCUUUGGAGAUUCCUUAACUUACGAAAAUUUACUUCCAGAGCUUGCGUAACUACACAACAGGAUUUUUAGCCAUUAAUUUUUUGUAUUACAGUUCUCAGAACCUCCUCACAUACAGGAGGAUCCUGGGAGUUUUAACCCCCCCAAAAAAGAAAUUAUUCCAAACUCUGGUUUGUACACAGCACAGGCAUAUAUAAAACAUUUGCCUGAGUAAACAUUGCAUGUAUGAAAUAUAUUCAGUAUGUGUGCUAGCCUAUUCACACAAUGAACCUUAUCAUAGUUACACAAAAACUAUACAGUAUGCAAAUGAUCCAGUGCACAUGGUAAGUGGAGUCAGCUGGGCUAACUGUGCAUGGGAAGUAAGUGAGCACUUUGCCUGCCUCCCACAUGACAUAAAGAUCAGGCAUUUCCCCCCCAUCUUGCAGCCUGCCUGUUUCUUCAAGACAGGCAUUUCUUUCCUUCCAGGAAAUAAGGUAUUUUAUUUUUUAAAAAGGCUCUUCCCUGUCAUCAAUGAGUCCCACAGGGAGCUAAAAAGACAUUACAAGUUUUACGCUCUGAAGCAUAAUUCGUCAGUGAAUUAAGAAAAGGGUUCUAUUUGCAUCAGCAUCUUCUCUGUUUCAAAAUUCAUCACAACCUAGAAAGCAGGAAAUGUUCAGCUACAGUUUAUGUACAGCUCAGAUUGUUACUGUCUUUGGCACUUCUGUAAUGCGGACUACUUUAGAAACUGCUGUGCAUCGAUCUGCAAAACAAGAGGUGUGUAAGCUGCCAAAGGCCACAUGCUGAAUCUGUGGCAAAUGUGUGUGAUACUGAAUCUUCCAAGCUCAUUGCUCUUGAACAGCCACUCUCAACAGGGGUUGGGGGGGGGAAAGCUGGCACAUUUGAAGGGAGCCACAGACUGGAAACAA